AUGCCCAGCUCAUGCAACGAUAUCCGGAAGGCUCUGGCUCAAUGCCUCCAGGAGUCAGACUGCAUUAUGGUUCAGCGUCAUUCGCCCCGUGAAUGUCUCAGCUCUCCUCUCGCCGAGGAGUUACCCAUGAAAUGUCAGCAGCUACGGAAAGGAUUCAGCGAGUGCAAGCGUGGUUUGAUCGAUAUGCGCAAGCGCUUCCGUGGCAAUCAACCCAUCGCUGUAUCCAAGGAGAUGGACGGGCAACCCGGUAACUCGUCUGGGGGACAGCUAUAUGCCGGACAACCUGCAUACCAGACGGUCAAGGAAAUCAGCGGAAACGAAGUGCAGAUGGACCCCGAGAAGACAAGAGGUCUGUAA